UGCUUUGUGAGGUUCCGCAGUGUGCAAACCUAGAUAAAUGCAUCGCAAAAUGUUUACAACCAACAAUUUGCCAGCAUUAUGACUUCAUAUACUGAGGGUAAACAGAAUGCCGAGUUCACAGUCAAUCACUAUAAUGGAAUUUCAUGUUUAGUGUGUAAAUAACAUGUUAAGCCAAUGUUAAUGUGUGGAAUUGUUAACCAAACACAAGUAAAGUUCUAAUACCCCUCCAAGCUACAAUGAAAUGAUUUUUGUAAAAGCUUCUAAAGUACAUAAAACCAUGUCUGUCUCGGUGAUCUUUUUAAUGACAACAUUUCUGAGAUCUCCUCAUUCGAUUUAUCAUUUUGCAUCAUUUUAUUUACUCUGCAUUGGAGUAGUGGGUAUAAUUAGUUGGUAAAUAAUUUGAAAUCAAACAUGGCCAGUGGGCGUCCACUUGGUGUGGCUGGGAGAGAGACACUUAUAAACAAUCUGACCCAUGAUUGCCUGACUCUGUUGACUCCAAUUAAAAUCAAAUCAACUGCAGUAUUUCUGUGGAUUUUCUGCCUGCUUAACAGGAAAGGUUCUGAUCAGAACCUGACCAGUAGUCUGUACAUGCUGUAUUUAAUGCAUCACAAUUCUGUUGUUUUACUUUGUGGUCAUGAAUUUUAAAAGCCAGUGGAACUGAGCAACCAAACUGGACAUUAUUCCUUUAGAAUUGCCCAAAUGGGACAGUCAGGGAAUAAAUGUUCUUGGUUGCUGCUGUUGGUUUGGGAUUUUUUGUUCGUUCAAACAAAAAAGGAACAUAAAUGCUAUUGCAUUUGGAGAAAUGAAAAAGGAAGAAUGUAUCAUUUCAUUUGGAAAAUGUUUGAAGAUCAAGUUGUUUUUGUUUAAAUACAUUUUAAGUGGUUGUCAAAUACUAAUAAAAUAACCUGUGCACAUUUGCUCGAUAAUGGACUUUUCAUGAAAUUUAUAUUUUCUAUUCCUUUUAGAAUAGCAUAGAUACAAGUCACUCAUUGUAUUUUUCUCUCUCUUCUUUAUUGGCAGAACCGUGACAGAAUGGUGGACUGUAUGAGCAAAGUCAUGCUGCACACAGUCGUCUCAUCAUGGCAGCCAUUCCUGGGACUGGCUUUUGUGGCUGCUUUCGUGGGUUCUACCUUGGGAUGUCCGUCACGCUGCGAGUGUUCAGCGCAGACCAAGGCAGUUGUCUGUCAUCGCAAACGCAUGUCCACCAUCCCUGAUGGCAUCCCAACUGAGACCAGGAUCCUGGACUUGAGUAAAAACAAGAUGACAAUGAUUAACCCCGAUGACUUUAUUGCCUUUCCUGGGCUUGAGGAACUUGACCUCAGUGGAAAUGUUAUCAGCUACGUUGAGCCUGGAGCUUUUAACACCCUGUUUAACAUGCACUCACUGAGUCUUAAGAGCAACCGUAUAAAGCUCAUCCCUCUGGGUGUCUUCACAGCACUAACAAAUCUCACUCGACUGGAUAUAAGUGACAACAAGAUUGUCAUCCUUCUGGAUUAUAUGUUUCAAGACCUACAUAAUCUGAAGGUUUUGGAAGUGGGUGAUAAUGAUCUGGUAUAUAUUACUCCCAGUGCAUUUAGUGGACUUUUAAGUUUGGAGACACUAACCUUGGAAAGAUGCAACCUCACAUUUGUACCCACUGAGGCCCUUUCCCACUUGCACAACUUGAUCAGUCUCCACCUACGUUACCUCACUAUCAGCACUUUGCAUCCAUACUCGUUCAAAAAGCUGUUCCGGCUGCGACAUUUAGACAUUGACAACUGGCCUUCAUUAGACCGUGUGCCAGCAAAUACUCUUCACGGACUAAAUCUGACAACUUUGUUUAUAACUAAUACCAACCUGUCCUCUUUCCCUUAUCAAGCGCUUAAGCACCUGCCCUACCUGACACACCUCAACCUGUCCUACAACCGCAUCAGACACAUUGAAGGAGGCAUGCUCUUGGAACUUGUUCGGCUGCGGGAGUUGCAUCUGGUUGGAGCUCAACUCUUCACUAUUGAACCAUAUGCAUUUCAAGGUCUGCGGGAUCUCAAAGUCCUCAAUGUCUCUCACAAUCGACUGGAUACAUUGGAAAAGGGAGUGUUUCAGUCUCCUGAAGCUCUGGAGGUUCUUCUGAUUGACCACAACCCCUUAGUGUGCGACUGUCGUCUCAUGUGGAUUCUACAGAAGAAACACUCCAUCUUCUUUGGAGACUCACAGCCAGAAUGCAGCACACCUGAGGGGAUACGUGGACGCCCAUUUAAGGAAUUUAAGGAGACUCUGCUGUCUUAUUAUGUGACCUGUACCAAGCCAAAAAUUCGUGAAAACAAAACACAGACUUACACAGCAGACGAGGGCCAGCCAGCCAUGUUGCGAUGCAGUGCUGAUGGAACUCCACGACCCACUGUGUCUUGGGUGUCUCCACGAGGUCGGAAGCUGACUGGCAGAAGCCAUGGAAGGAUGAUGUUGCACAACAAUGGCACACUAGAGAUUAAAUCAGCUGAGAUGCAAGACAGUGGAGUGUAUGUUUGCCUUGCCUCAAACACUGCUGGAAAUGAUACCUUGAUGGCUUCAUUGGCGGUGAAAAGUCUCGGAUCGCUGUAUGCCAACAGGACCCAGUACUACACAGAUCCCAGUAAUACCACUGCCAAUGGAACAGCAAGCGUGAGCCUUGGUUUGGACCUAAAAACUAUUUUAGUGUCCACAGCUAUGGGUUGUUUCACUUUCUUGGGAGUGGUCUUGUUUUGCUUCCUGCUCCUUUUUGUUUGGAGCAGAGGAAAAGGAAAGCAUAAAAACAACAUAGAUGUUGAAUAUGUACCUCGGUCCAAGUCCAACGGCACCAAUGUUGAUUCAGCAGAGGGACAAGCUGGUCCACGUCGUUUUAACAUGAAGAUGAUGUGAGUUUUUUAUAAAUAUAAAUAUAUAUAUAUAUGAACAUUUAUUGAGAAAGUAAAGAAGAGACAAACGAAGAUGGGAUUGAGGAAACAUACGAAGUACAGUCAAUUGUAUUUUUUGAAAAGAAGAUAGAACUGGUAACGGAAACUUUAGGGUAACUCAACUAAAUGAAAGUACCCUAAAUAUGUGGCUCUUGAUAUGAAUCUUAGAUACAGUGUUGCAAAAGUGACAGACUACAACUCUUACAUAAAUGCCAGUUGGCAGCUUCUUGGAUGAGCAAUGGACACAUUAGUCACUGUGGAUACCUGAAGAAAAAAAGGUGUUAUGUAAUAUCUCUUACAAAUUUGUAUGCCCAAAAAGAGGCCCUUGGUUUUGGGUUGAUUACAGACUCAGCUAAACAAUGUACAGUACAAAUUUGUAUCUAAGCUAUUAACCUACUUUGUUUAGUCCUGCGCCAUGCUUAUUCACUGAACAAGUUGAUGAAAGAGAUAAUUUUUCUUUAUUUCAGUACUAUGUUUACCCAAUGCUUCAUUAUGUACAUGUAAGUGCAUAUUCAUUCAAGAUAACUAUUCAUAGCAAUAUUCAUUGGAUGCAUUAGCCAAAAUUGUAACCCCUGAUUUUCAGCAAGAACAUUAUUGAAACUUGAAGUUUCCACUGAUUUAGGAAGGGCUUUUAUGGUUGAUUUUAUGUCCCCGUUCCUGAAUGCUAUUUGGAUAUUAAUAAUCAUAUAUUGUUUACUAAUACACCUAGAGGGAAAAUAUUUAUGAAAAUGUUAAUGAUUUUGCAAAACUCAGUCCUUCAGCAUCAUUCAGAAGAUGGCCUAAUAUUGUUUGAAGUAUCUACAUGAACCACAUUUUUGUCCUAUUUUUGUCUUUUUAUUACUUUAACUGUACUUUUGCUGGUUGGCAAACCACAUGUGUCAAUUUACUUAAGUAACAUUUGCAUAAUUUUCCCUGUAGGAAAUUUGGACUUUGUUGUGGUAGUUCUUCAUUUUGUUGUAAAAUCAUUUAGAUUGUGUAAACUAAAAGAACAAAAGAAAAAAUGUAUGUGAAAUAAAUGAAGAUGUAUUUGUA